CAAACAAAACUUCCAUCACGCUAUCUCCGACAUAUCCAACCAUGACGACUGUAACUCCAACCUAAACUCGUCCCAAGCCUUGGAUAUUGAAUUGUCCAACCAUCCACCGACAAAGAUCAAUGAGCUUAGUAUAGCAUAAACAUCAGGUUUGGGGAUAGAAUGGCCUCAGAUGGCGCCAUCAAGGCUAUUGACCCGAGCACGAUCCAUCAGAUCCAAUCUGGUCAAGUCAUCGUCGACCUUUGCUCCGUAGCCAAAGAACUCGUAGAAAACGCCCUAGAUGCUGGAGCGACGACAAUCGAUGUCCGAUUUAAGAACCAAGGCCUCGAUUCGAUCGAAGUCCAGGAUAAUGGCGGUGGAAUAUCAUCCAGCAACUAUGAAUCCAUCGCGCUAAAACACUACACUUCCAAACUAUCCAACUACGAUGAUCUGUCAACCCUACAAACCUUCGGCUUCCGAGGCGAGGCUUUGUCCUCCCUUUGCGCCCUGUCACACUUCACCAUCGUGACAUGCACCCAGAAAGAGGCGCCAAAGGCCACCAAACUUGAGUUCGAGACAUCCGGAAAGCUCAAGAGCACCAGUGUUGUUUCCGGUCAGCGAGGUACAACCGUCUCAGUCGAAAACCUGUUCAAGAGUCUGCCUGUCCGCCGCCGCGAGCUCGAAAGAAACAUCAAGCGAGAAUGGGGCAAGGUGGUCAACCUGCUUAACCAGUAUGCCUGCAUUCAAACCGGCGUCAAGUUCACAGUGUCGCAACAGCCUACCAAGGGAAAGCGGAUGGUCUUAUUUUCAACAAAGGGAAACCCCACCACCCGAGAGAAUAUCAUCAACGUCUUUGGCAUAAAGACAAUGACUGCCCUGAUCGCUAUGGACCUCAGGCUGCAACUAAAACCUACCAAUACUGGACUCCUGGCCAAGCUGACUGCUCAGGACGACGACGCCAUGACAGAGGUUCGCAUUUGUGGACACAUCUCGCGCCCAGCUCACGGAGAAGGCCGCCAGACGCCAGAUCGGCAAAUGUUCUACGUCAAUGGAAGACCGUGUGGGUUGCCUCAGUUCGCCAAGGUCUUCAAUGAGGUCUAUCGGUCCUAUAACUCGACUCAAUCGCCUUUCAUAUUUGCUGAUAUUCAGCUGGACACGCAUCUUUAUGAUGUCAAUGUCAGUCCAGACAAACGCACUAUCCUGCUUCACGAUCAAGGACAAAUGUUGGAUAACUUGAGGGAGUCCUUGAUAGAGCUUUUUGAGUUGCAAGACGUCACAAUUCCCGUCUCACACACGCAACCACUUAAAAGCUCAACCUUCAGGGGGCCAUCAACAGUCCCCUUGGGGUCAUUGACCCCGGCUCGAGGGAAAGACAUCAGGGAUGCAUCGGAAGAACCGAGCAGUUCUCUGCCUUCAAAUAGACCUGAAAACGGACCAGAGGGCAACAGGCCAACUAGGCGUGCUGUCAAUGAGGACUCGGAUAAGGCCGUCAGCGAUGAAGAUAACGCGCCAAAUACUCUGUCUACUGGUUCGAAAACGAAUGCCGGGCCAUCCAGAUCCACACCUGCUAACACACAAGCGUCAAAUCUACUCGCCCGGUGGCUUGAGCGAAAGUCUGAGGCCCGGAAACAAUCAGUUUCAGCUGCUAUCAACGCGAAUGACAACAGAAGGGAGAAAUCGCCUGUCGAAAAGGAGCCACAAUCUCCGAAAAUGGCCAGAAGAUAUGACACAAAGGACGCCGACUCGGACGCCGAACAGGAUACUGCAGAAGACAAUGAACACGUGGAGAACAAUUCAGUGACUCAGGACGUGGUUGAUGAUAUGGAAAUGGAUAGGGAAGAACUGCCAAUGUCAUCCAUUCCACCCCCAUCUCAGCCACCUAUUCCAAAAGGGAGCCUCUUAUCAAUAUCACGUCCACCGAAAAGGUCAGCACAAGAGGAGGUGGCAACGAUCACUAUCGGCGGUCAUUCCAUCACCAGCGUCAUUGGUUCGUCCAAUAAAAGGUCCCGACUGUCGGAGGGCAUGAGGUCAGUCAGUCUUGGGAGUUCCCCUACGAAAGGGGUUAGGACCGUGCCCGUGCCUUCUUUCGGUGGCCGUUUGACCCAGCUGUUUUCUGCUUCGGGUGGUGCAUCUCGCGGGGUAUCAAAGGACUUCGAAAUGACGACCGAGGAUGUGGAAAUGGUCGAUGAGGAAGAGAAAGGGGAGGAAAACGAAGAGGGUAACGAAACAGAGAAAGGAGUGGAUUCCGAUGAGGAAGCACUUUUCGUGAGCCAAACGAAAGAUGUGCCCGCAGUCGAGUAUGAUGAUAUUGACGAAGAAGCUGAACACUCAGCUCGUGAAAAUAGCCUAGCUGAUGAAGAGGGCAAUGGUCCCAGUAGUGGCCAGAGCAGUCAGAGUGUGGCGGAGGGCGAUGAUAAUGGCCAAGUUAAACUUUCAGAAGAUGCACCUUCCGAGUGUUGUCAUCAUGGCGACGAUGACGAGGAGUACAUUGAUGAAGACGAGAAGAAGGCCAAAGAAGAGAAGAAGGUGCAAGAGAUGAUCAAAGCAGCUGAGAAAAAAGCAAAUGAGCCCACUGAAGAGGGCGAAAAGCGAUCUCACAGUUUUGUGAAAGGACGACUGAAACGGAAAGACUUGACUUUCAACCUUAUCCAACGUCUAAAGACAAGCGAAGGCGACAUCCGUUCUCGUAUGGAAACCUGGGCAAAGUAUCUACCGAGAGCGGGCACAGCUACCUCCUCUACACAAGAGAGCAGCGAUGGGAAACCAACCAUAGGUCUCGACGCCGCCGACGCCGAAGAGAAACUCUCCCUCAAAAUAUCCAAAUCCGACUUUGCCAAAAUGAAAAUCGUCGGCCAGUUCAAUCUCGGCUUCAUCAUUGCCGUCAGGGAAGCCUCCUCCUCUCAUUCAUUAGAACAUUCCCCAACUCAACAAAGCCCCGCUGCCACCACCCAAGAAGAUGAUGAACUCUUCAUCAUCGACCAACAUGCCUCAGACGAAAAGUACAACUUUGAGCGCCUCCAAUCCACCACCACCGUGCAAUCCCAGCGUCUCGUCCAGCCCAAACCGCUCACCCUCACCGCCGUCGAAGAAGAAAUUAUCCUCGAACACCUACCUGCGCUCGCGGCCAACGGGUUCCAAGUGCGCGUCGAUACCUCAGGCGAGUCCGCUGUCGGUUCUCGCUGCCAGCUUUUAUCUCUUCCCCUUUCGCGUGAGACGACCUUCGGCGUAGCAGAUUUGGAGGAACUGAUCUUCCUGCUGGGGGAUAACCCGACUUCGAGCGCCACCACCGCGAUACCGAGGCCUUCCAAAGUGAGAAAGAUGUUUGCCAUGAGAGCGUGCAGGAACAGCAUCAUGAUCGGUCGGGCGUUGAGUCGGCCGCAGAUGGAGAAGGUGGUUAGGCAUAUGGGCGAGAUGGAGAAGCCGUGGAAUUGUCCGCAUGGGCGGCCGACGAUGAGACAUCUUUGUGGACUGGGGACGGCGUUUGGGGAAGGUACCAAAGAAAAGGAGAGGGGAUGGGAUGAGUGGGAAGGGGUGGAAAGGGAGAGGGUUGAUUGGAAAGCGUGGGUUAGGGAGAAGAGGGAAGACGGAGAGGAGGAUGAAGGAGAGGGACAAGAAGAGGAAGAGGAAGAGGAAGAGGAGGAAGAAAUGAGUGAAUAAGGACAAGUAUUAAAUGGUUUCUCAUAGGAAUGAAUCACAUCGUA